AUGGGCUCAUGGAGAUGUGCCGUUUCUCACCCCGCCCUCGAACCUCCUACUUUCUUAUCCAAUCGCCCAGUGGGCAUGCCUAAGCUCUUCAUUGACCAGCCCGGAAACGAUGAAACCCAAUAUGCGUUCAUGGACGCAGCGGGCAACAAGCAGUUUACUUCAACUUCCUCUGUUGACCUUAUUGAUGGCACUACAUCCACCGACAUAUAUGAACAUACGGGCAUGAUAUCACACGGACAUCUGGUCGCUACUAUCAAAUGGCCAUCCAAUAACUUCCGCGAUCCGAGCCUCAUAUUAUACCCCGACGUGGACUCUGGAGACACUGGUCACACGACAAGGCUCCCACUCUCGACGAACCACAUCAAGCAGUCGCUCAACCUUGUUACAAAAGGCCAUUCAAGAGCUCAUUGGCGGCGGAUACCAGAGACAGACAAAUUAGCCUUAUUUGCUGGUCAUCACAGAGAGAAGCGACUCAUUGCAGACGAGUGCCAUCGUGCAGGCAAGCGAUGGCUACAGAUCGAAGGCAAACUAGUCCACCACUGUUCCAUAACUGAUGUUGAAAUCAUCGCGAGCUGGAUUGCUGUCAAUAAGACAAAUUGCCAAUCCAAAGGCUUGUUCUCAUUUGCUCUACCACGGUACUUUUCCAAGUGUUUUUCAUAG